AUGGCAGCAAGGUUCAUCGUCGACUUUCAAAAUUGUUCUAUCUUCUUCAUCCUCUGCCUCUUUUCUUUCCUCUGUUACUCUUUCUUCUUCAAGAAACGAAAUAACUCACAAGCUUAUUGUGAUCUGCCUCCUAGCCCUCCCUCUCUUCCGAUCAUCGGCCAUCUUCACCUUCUCCUCUCUCUUCUAGCCCACAAAUCUUUACAGAAACUCUCCUCCAAGUACGGACCUCUCCUCCAUCUUCGUGUCUUCAGUGUCCCCAUACUCCUCGUCUCCUCUGCAUCGAUAGCCUAUGAGAUCUUCAAGACGCAAGACGUGAACGUUUCCACUCGCAGCCUCCCUACGAACGAAGGGUCUCUCUUCUUUGGAUCUUCAGGCUUCGUUACCACACCUUACGGAGGUUACUGGAAAUUCAUAAAGAAGCUCGUCACCACCAAGCUCCUUGGACCUCAAGCUCUCGAGAGGUCACGAGGCAUCCGCGCUGAUGAGGUAAACCGGUUUUACUUGAACCUUUUACAUAAGGCAACGAAGAAGGAGAGCGUUGAGAUUGCUGAGGAAGCUAUGAAGCUAAUAAGCAACAACAUAUGCAAGAUGCUUAUGGGAAAUAGUUUUUCAGAGGACGAAGAGAAAGUGAGGGGCUUAGUGACUGAAACAGAUGUCUUAACAAAGAAGUUUUUCUUGGCGGCUAUCUUGCGCAAGCCGCUUGCCAAGCUUGGGGUCUCACUUUUCAAAAAGGAUUUAGACAGUAUUUCCCGCAGGUACGACGAGGUGCUGGAGAAGAGUCUUUCGGAGUAUGAGGAGCAUAAUCAAAGUGCUGAGAUGUUGGACGUACUAUUAGAAGCUUGUCAAGGUAAAACAGAAGAGUAUAAGAUCACUAGGAACCAGAGUAUUUAUACAGAGUAUUUAUACAAGAUGGAUGAGACUCGAAGAGUAUAA